UUACUCUCUCCAGACAGAGCACAUAGAAUGGCUCGGUUUUGCAAAAUCAAGAUUUAUCCAGGAAUGGUGAGACGGAAAUAAAGAAGAAUCUGGUUAGCGAUGCUAUUGAUACGCAGAAGCCGAGCAAUGACAUGUUUAUUUCUCAGCCAAUUACUCCCUCUUACUCUAUCCCACAGCCAUAACAACGCUUCUUCCACUUGCAAACCCUCUCGUUCUUUCUAUUACUCCCUCGCCAAAAACGCUUGGGGUUCUACCUGUCCGAUUUCUCUUCCUGCAAUUCGUUCCUUUGCUUCCAACUCAUCUAUAGAAGCUACUAGAGUAAUGCAAAGCAUGACAAAUCCAGAGUCCAUUUCCUACCUCACGCAGCGUGACGCUGCCGAGAUUGAUGAGAUUCUCAUGGGCCCUCUCGGCUUUAGCGUCGAUCAGUUGAUGGAAUUGGCUGGUUUGAGCGUUGCUACUUCCAUAGUAGAGAUUUACAAACCAAGUGAGUAUAAUCGUGUUCUUGCAAUUUGCGGUCCGGGAAACAAUGGUGGUGAUGGUUUGGUAGCAGCUCGUCAUCUGCAUCACUUUGGAUACAAACCGUUUGUUUGUUAUCCAAAGCGCACUGCCAAACCUCUUUAUACUGGUCUGGUUACUCAGCUGGAAUCGCUGGCAGUCCCUUUCUUGACAGUAGAGGAUCUGCCUUCGGACUUGUCUAAGGACUUUGACAUUAUAGUAGAUGCAAUGUUUGGGUUCUCAUUCCAUGGUACCCCAAGACCACCUUUUGAUGAUCUAAUCCAAAAGUUGGUUUACUUGCAUAAGUGCAAUCAAACUUGCCAAAAGUCCUCACUUAUUGUCUCUAUAGAUAUUCCAUCUGGAUGGCAUGUUGAAGGAGGUGAUGUCAAUGGUGAAGGAAUUAAACCUGACAUGUUGGUUUCUUUGACUGCUCCAAAGUUGUGUGCAAAGAAAUUUUCUGGUCCACACCACUUUCUUGGUGGUAGGUUUGUCCCACCAUCAAUAGUGGAAAAUUAUAAACUGCAUCUCCCCCCAUAUCCUGGCACUUCUAUGUGUGUCCGAAUUGGAAAGCCUCCACAAAUUGAUAUAUCAGCUUUAAGGGAGAACUAUAUUUCUCCUGAAUUCCUUGAGGAGCAGGUGGAGGCUAAUCCCAUGGAUCAGUUCCUCAAAUGGUUUGACGAUGCUGUGGCUGCUGGAUUGAAGGAGCCAAAUGCUAUGUGCUUGUCAACUGUUGGAAAGGAUGGAAAACCCUCAUCAAGAAUGGUUUUGUUGAAAGGAGUUGAUAAGGAUGGGUUUGUCUGGUACACCAAUUAUGAAAGUAGAAAGGCAAAUCAAUUAUCUGAAAAUCCUCGAGCAUCACUCCUUUUCUACUGGGAUGGUCUUAAUCGGCAGGUAAGGGUGGAAGGAUUUGUGCAGAAAGUCUCAGAUGAGGAAUCUGAACAAUACUUCCAUAGCCGACCUCGAGGAAGUCAGAUUGGAGCAAUAGUCAGCAAGCAGAGUACUAUAGUUCCUGGAAGGCAUGUUCUAUACCAACAAUUCAAAGAAUUAGAGGAAAAGUUCUCUGACACAAAUUUGAUCCCAAAACCUAAACACUGGGGAGGAUACAGGCUUAAACCAGAGCUUUUCGAGUUUUGGCAAGGACAACAGUCUCGCUUGCAUGACAGGUUGCAAUAUGUUCCUCAAGAGAUCCGUGGGAAACAAGCAUGGAAAAUUGUGCGGUUGGCUCCCUGACUAGUGUUUUCUACUUUUCACUGUGAUGUUCGCCUUUCAUGGUAUCUUGCUGUCUGCUGCUGUGUGUUCAAUUAUUUUGUUUGAUCAGCAGGAUGCGUGUUUAAUGCUUUGUUACUCUCUCUGAGAAGUGAUCUGAUGUGUUGGCAGCAUUCCAGAAGUUUAUUUUGUGCCAUGGGAGUAAUAAAUUGCAACUCACUGAAGAAGCAUAAUGACGGAGAUAAGAUUGUGAAUCUGACACUUGUCAGGUAUAAGUUAGUGAACAGCAUUAUUGGAGGGUUGGGUUUUUGGAAUUGCAGUUUAUUGAAAGACUGGUUUUGAAUAAUAACCAGUUAACUAUUAGUGAAAAAAAAUAACAUGCGACAAAAAUACUGGAUGUAAGUAGUAUAGCAGUUCUUGUUACAAGUUUGCAGCCUGCAGGCAUAAUGAUUUUAUAUGUGAUUUCAAAGAAAUGAACUCAAAUUAUUCUCAAUAAUAUUUCUCUCAAAGGACUUUACCGGGCGUUGUUAA